UGUGGUACCUAACCAUUUUAAAGCUUCCAUUACUUCCGGUUCGAGAAAACACGUGCAUUUCUCUAGUGAUUCUAUUAUUUUUCUUCAAAAUGGCAGACGAUCAAGCUACGUUGAUGCCGUAUGUGUAUCAAUUUCUGAAGGACAAAUGUAAUAAGGCAGCUGUGGUCCUGAAAAAACAAUUCCAAACGAUUGAUCCUCCCUCACCAGAAUCUCCAAAGCUUACAGACUUAGUGGGGCAUUUAAGACCCAAACGCAAGACUGAAGAUCUAAAUAACUCUGCAGCAAAGAAGAGAAAAAAGGAGGCAGCGGUUGAGGAAUCCAGCAGCAGUGACAGUGACUCAGACAGUUCAGAUUCUGACGAACCUGCUAAAAAGAAACAAGCCCUUACCCCCAAGAAACAGACGCUGUCAGCUAGAGAAAAACAAGCACGUAAAAAAGUGGAAGCGAAGAAGGCAUCGUCGUCGUCAUCGGAUUCAGACUCUGAUUCAGAAGAUGACGCCCCUAAACCUAAAACAACCCCCAAACCCAGUGCUCCUACCCCCAAGAAAACUACCCCUGCCCCUAAAAAAGCCACUAAAGAUUCCUCAUCUUCAGAUAGUAGUUCAUCUGAUGACUCAGAUGAACCUUCCAAACCAGUUAUUGCUAAGGCUGCUCCAAAGGCCACUAAAGCAAAGGCCACGGCUGUUAAGAAAGCACCAGUGAAAAAAGCAGAUUCCUCAUCCUCAGAUGACAGUAGUAGCUCUGAAUCUGAAAAUGAAACCAAGAAGCCUGUAGUAGCUUCUAAGAAACCAGUUGCCACUAAAAAGGCAGAGUCUUCAAGUUCCUCAGAAAGUAGUUCAGAAUCAGAGGCCGAGGCAAAGAAACCAGUGCCCAAGGUUGCUCCAAAAGUAGCAAAGAAAGAUUCCUCCUCAUCGGAAAGUAGUUCCAGUGAAUCUGAAGAUGACAAGAAAACCCCUGCUGCAAAGCCGACACCAAAAGCUAAAGUGGCCCCUAAGGCUGCUCCCACAAAAGAUUCAUCUUCAUCAUCAUCAGAUAGCUCAGAAUCUGAUGAAGAGCCUAAGAAAACUGCAGCAAAACCUAAACCUACCCCUGUUAAGAAACCAGAGUCCUCAUCAGACAGCUCAGAAUCUGAUUCAGAUGACGAGCCAAAGAAGCCUGCAAUUAAGACCCCAACUACAAAGGUGAAUCCAGCAAAGAAACAAGAAUCCUCUUCAGAUUCUGAUUCAUCAGAGGAAGAAGUGAAGAAACCCACUCAAAAAGCUACACCUGCUAAAAAGGCAGAAUCUUCUUCAGAAUCAUCAGAAGAUAGCUCAGACUCUGAUGAAGAACCUCCAAAAACAAUUACUCCCAAAGUUACACCUAAAGCUACAAAAAAGGCUGCCCCUAAAAAGAAGGCAACAGCUGCCACUCCUAAGGUAACUCCUAAAGCAGCGCCCAAGAAGAAAGCAGAAUCAUCCUCUUCUUCUGACAGCAGUUCAGACUCUGAGGAUGAUAAAAAAGUCUCUAAAGUUGCAGCAAAAGUGACACCCAAAGUGACACCAAAAGCUGCAGCCAAGAAAGAAUCAAGCUCAGAAGAUAGUAGUUCAGAAUCUGAGGAUGAAACCCCCAAAAGUAAACCUACUACUCCCGCCCCUAAAUCAACCCCUAAAGUAACAAAAAAGAAGGAAUCAAGCUCAGAAGACAGUAGUUCAGAAUCUGAGGAUGAAACCCCCAAAAGUAAACCUACUACUCCCGCCCCUAAAUCAACCCCUAAAGUAACUAAUAAAAAGAAAGAAUCCAGCUCAGAAGACAGUAGUUCAGAAUCUGAGGAUGAAACCCCCAAAAGUAAACCUACUACUCCCGCCCCUAAAUCAACCCCUAAAGUAACAAAAAAGAAAGAAUCAAGCUCAGAAGACAGUAGUUCAGAAUCUGAAGAUGAAACCCCCAAAAGUAAACCCACUACCCCAGCCCCUAAGUCAACCCCUAAAGUAACAAAAAAGAAAGAAUCAAGCUCAGAAGACAGUAGUUCAGAAUCUGAGGAUGAAACCCCCAAAAGUAAACCUACUACUCCCGCCCCUAAAUCAACCCCUAAAGUAACUAAAAAGAAAGAAUCAAGCUCAGAAGACAGUAGUUCAGAAUCUGAGGAUGAAACCCCCAAAAGUAAACCUACUACUCCCGCCCCUAAAUCAACCCCUAAAGUAACUAAAAAGAAAGAAUCAAGCUCAGAAGACAGUAGUUCAGAAUCUGAGGAUGAAACCCCCAAAAGUAAACCUUCUACUCCCGCCCCUAAAUCAACCCCUAAAGUAACUAAAAAGAAAGAAUCAAGCUCAGAAGACAGUAGUUCAGAAUCUGAAGAUGAAACCCCCAAAAGUAAACCUACUACUCCCGCCCCUAAAUCAACCCCUAAAGUAACUAAAAAGAAAGAAUCAAGCUCAGAAGACAGUAGUUCAGAAUCUGAAGAUGAAACCCCCAAAAGUAAACCCACUACCCCCGCCCCUAAGACCUCAAAAUCGCCCAAAGUAAAUAACAAACAGGAAUCUAGUUCCUCAGGAAGUUCAGAGUCUGAAGAUGAAGCACCCAAGAGUGGACCUGCCACCCCUAUGGUGAAUGGCUACCACUCUAUGAAUGGAGAUUCUCCACAAACCAGCACACCUAUAAAUGCAAAUAUCAAACAGAAAAGACCUGCAAGCAACACACCAUUCAGAAGAGUAAAGAGUGAAACUAUAAAAGUAGACCAUCGCCUGCAAGACAACUCAUUCGAGGGAAAGUCAGGCGCUCAUGGCUCAUGGGGAGAGAAAGCCAAUAAGGACUUGAUUCACACAAGGGGAAAAUCUUUCCGUCAUGAAAAAACUAAAAAGAAGCGUGGCAGCUACCGUGGUGGCCCCAUAGACUCUGGUUCCAUCCACUCCGUAAAAUUCGACUCUGAUGGUCAAUAGUUAUGUUUAGAGGGGAUUAUAAUGAGGAAAUGGAAAAACUAAUAUUGAACACUGGGAUUAUAAAUUGUAUUGUCUAUUGUCCAAAAGAAUGGCUUGGAGACACUGUAUAAAUAAGAAAAAAAAACAGAAAUGUAUUACAAGAUGUAUAAUACUGAGCACAUGAGACACAGAUUUGUUGCAUAGUGUCUCUUAUGUAGGAAAAUACAAAGAUAUGUUUUAUGAGAUGGAGAUUGAAAUUGAUGCCAUGAUUAAUGUGGCAUUCAAGAGUAAGAUAAAAUAUAAAAUAGCAUAUAUAUUUUGAGUACAUGUAUAGGUUAAAAUUAUAAAUGGUAUGGCAAGAAUUUAAAAUCUGUUAAAUAACAUGUUAAAACAUGCUCUUAAUAAAUUUUUGAUUUUAGAAUUCGCAGUACGAUAAUUUGCGUACAUGUUUUCAAUUUAAUGUACUUAUAUAUACGAAAAUAAAGUCAAUUUACAAACAUGUAUCUUGUAUAUAUAUUACAUCAUUAUUAUGUCACCACCACA